CAAGGUGGUGAGCUCCCCUGCACCGGUCUCCACAUUCCUGAGCAGAAACACCUGUGUGCUAUCGGUGUAGGACCGGGGCCCAGGCAGGGGUAGAUGGUGCCACAUAUUUCCAUAGGUUCUGUUCCCACUGGGGCCCUGAAACCUGCUCAGCCUCUCUUCACUCUUUCACGUUUGAGAAACUAGGUUUUUUUACUGUCUUUUAGAAUUCUAUUUGUGUUCUCCAAACCUAGAAACUUGGGUUCAGGUGACAUAGCCUAUAAAGGGCCCCCUGCUAGCCUGACACCCAAACCUUGGACUUGACCGCUGACUCAGUUGCCUUUCCCCAGAAAAACCGAAGGUGUAUCAAGGUGUCCGCGUGAAGAUCACAGUGAAGGAGCUGUUGCAGCAAAGAAGGGCACACCAGGCAGCCUCGGGGGGAACCUUUCUGUGCCUGGUGCUCUUUGUGUGCCCUGUACAACUUCAUGAAAUGGGAGGAGGCAAAAGAUGUAGGGGUGGUGAACACAAUUUCCAGAACCAGAUGGACUAGGUUCACAUCUCAGCUCCUCCAUGCUGUCCGGAGGCAGCAGUAUCCACCUUUCAGACCCAGUUGCACCAUCUUCUGCAGGACUGUAUUUUGAGCCUGAACCGAUCUCUUCCACGCCCAAUUAUUUUCAUCCCCGAGAAUUUUCCAGUUGUGUUUCUCGUGAAGAAAACCCAAGCUGCCUUGACCAGAUCUUUGAUUCUUACCUUCAGUCAGAGACGCACCCGGAGCUCAAUUCCACGCAAAGUGCCCCACACUAUUUCCCAGAUGGCUCCCAGGCUGCCCCUUUCUGCUUUAACGAGAGCCUGACCCCGGGAUCACCUUCGGAUUCCUCCACUCUCUCUGGCUCCUUAGACUACAGUUACUCACCAGCUCAGCUGCCUUCAUAUGCUCCGGAGAAUUACACUUCUCCCCCUUCUCUGGACGCCAGAAACUGUGGCUACCCUUCGGAAGACUACUUCUCCCAUCACUUGCCCUCGCACGCCCAGUACAACUGCUUCUCCUCGCCCACCGCCUCUGUCUGCUACUGCGCCUCCUGCGAGGCAGAGCACUUGGAUGCUCUCCGGGCAUCAGAGUACUUUUCCUACCCCGGCACAGACUGUGUGGAACUUGCCCCCUCAGCAGCCGCCACCAGUGAUUUCUAUAAGAGGGAAACAAACUGUGACAUCUGCUAUAGUUAAUAGAAAUCACAGUCGUUUGGAACGUGGCAUGGGUAUAUCUGUUUUUCUACCACAUCUAGAUGACACUUCAAACUAUGCAACCCUUUCACAAAUAUCACAAGCACCGUUUACAUGUCAUCAUUUUCGAUUUUCUGAUGCUAACUUAGUCCUCAAACCUGGUCAUAGGGUCACUCCUACUUUGUAUGCUCACAGUUAAAAUUUUUAUAGGGAACUUUCAAUUGUUUUACUUUUCUGUGUAACGAACAAAUUCUCUCUUUUUUUUUUAACCAAUAAAUAAUUUUGUAUUAC